AAGGUCUAGAAAAAAACAGAAAUGUCAAGAUACUGACCCUGGAUGGAGCAGGUGCAAGAAAAUUGCCAAAAUAUGACUGGCCUGAGAGAUUGGUGUACCAGACACCAGCAGCACAUAGGAUAAUUGAAAAAGAAGGCGUAAUCAUGGAUGAUGGAUCACAAAAACUGAUAACAAAAAAUGAAUUGCACGUUGUGGUGGUAAGACCAAAAGCUUAUGUUUCUUCUACUGGUACGUCAUGGGCAAACGAAACUCAUAGGCUAAGAUGUGAGUAUCCAGAUGUUCACGAAGUACCCGUCUCAGGUGAUCAAUCUGUGUCGUAUUCAGCUAAUUUUCGGCGAUUUUGUGCCACAGUUCAAUGUGAUAUUUUCAUGCUGAAUGAUAUGACGAUGAUGGAAGAUCUCCAGAAGAUGAAACUGCAGGGGCCUUGCAUUCAUCAAAGCUAUGAAUUGAAGCGUUUGGAACAUUUUCUACACAGAAAGGAAAUUGCUUUCGCUGAAGUAGAUCUAAAGAGGGCAGUAUUAUGUGAAGGCGAAGGAACAUUAGUGGAUGAAAUUAAACGUUUGAAAUUAAACGUGACUACUCACUGCAGUAAAUUGGCAGAGAUCAUUAAAGAGGCAAGACGGCCUGAACUCUCUAGUUACAAAGAACUUCAAACGCAAGCACAAGAGGUUCUAACUUUUCUAGAGUCUUUGAGAUUGCCACAAGUCAAACCAAGAUAG